AACGGUUUGUUUAUCUGUCUCGCCGCUGGGGUUUUUGCCAGGAGCAAACAUGGCGGCGCGGAAAAAAAGGGUGACGAAGGAGACGAGAGGUUUGGCAAUAGGGGAAGUCCCGAGUCCUUCUGGGUAGGCAGUGAAGCAACAGCUACUUCCGCCGUGAAGAGGCCUCGCCAGCAGUAAAAAUGGCGGAGUCGGUACUAGAAGUUGUCGGGAAGCUGCAGUCGCGGCUCUCGGGCAGUUCGGAGCCCAAGAAGCUGCUGAAGAGUUUGAAGAGGCUUUCGGAGCUGCCUAUCACUGUUGAUAUUCUCCUGGAGACUGGGGUGGGCAAGACUGUGAACGGUUUACGGAAACAUGAAUUGGUUGGCGACUUUGCCAAGAACCUGGUGGCCAGGUGGAAGAAGCUGGUGCCGGUCCCACAGGAAGCCGAGCGGAAUAACCUUGAAGUUGAAGAGCGCAGCUACGACCGGAGCAGCUCUAGGAAGCGGAGGCAGGAGCCUUCCCCACGUGAGGACGAGGACGUUGAGGAGGACUACUCGGAAGCCUACCAGCCUUCCUGCAGCCAGUCGUAUGAGCCAGAGUAUGGCGCCAAGAGGCCCAAACGGUACCCAGAGCCCGAGCGAGCCCACCAGCCUGUGAACUGUGGCAUUCCAGAGGGCAGGACAUGGGACCGAGAGUCCCCAGUGCUCUCCUCCGACCAGGAGGGCUCCGACUAUGGGCACGCAGCCUCUCCUGAACCGAGCGAGAGCCCCCAAGAACUGUACGUGGACCUCUGUCGAGUGGAGGAGCCGGAGAAGGAGCAGAAGGCCCUUCCCCGGAAGGCAAACAAAGGGCAGGGCUUCCUGGACAGGCAGGAGGGAGGCCACAGUAGGAACCUCAGUGACUCCCAAGACAAAGCCAGCUCCAGUCGGAGCAAAGAGCAUAAGUCUUCUCACAAGGAGAAGCAGCGGCCCGAUGCCAAAGCAGGGGAGGAGAGGCUACCAGAAAGACUGCACAAGGGCUUUUCCAGAGAGCCCCCCUGGGAAGCCCCCUUAGCAGGCGGCAGUAAGGAAAGGCUGAAGGCCUUGGAGAGCGCCAAGCGGGAGAAGAAAAGGGAUGGCAGCAACUCCAAGAAGGAGAAGCCGCCCGUUGACUUGGAGGACUCUUUGGGCAACCACACGAAGAAGCACAAGCACCAGGACAUGGAGAGAGCCAAACAGGAGAAGGCCAAGCUAGGCCCGGACGUCUCGCAUGGCGACCGGGAGCAGCGGAAACCUGAGGCCAAAUCCUCCGGCAAGAAUAAGGAGAAGAAGGCCUCUGGCAGCUUGAAAACCCCGGAAGGCCACAAAAAAGCAGUGGGCUUCUUGCCCGCCGGUUCCGGGGAAGGGGAUGGGGAGGAUGAGUUCGAGCAGCCGACGAUGUCCUUUGAGUCGUACAUGGGCUACGACCAGCCUCAGAAGAAGAAGAAGAAGCUGGCCAAGCCACCCCCGCCGGCCCCGGAGAAGGACAGAGGGCACGGCAAGCAGAACGGGUCCAAGCCCAGCGCCAAGAGCUCCAACUCGAGCCGGAAAGCCCACAAGCAGGCCAACGAGAAGAAGCAGUCGGGGGCAUCAAAGCCGAAAAAGAUCCCCAUUGAUGUGGUGCCAACGCUCCCUGACAUCCCCUUGCCCCCAAUCCAGGCCAACUACCGCCCCCUUCCUUCGCUUGAAUCAAUUCCCCUCAGCCAGCCAAAGAGGAAAGCACUGUCCUCCCCCACAGAGGAGGAUGAGGCUGGUUUUACAGGGCGCAGGCUGAAUUCCAAGAUGCAGGUGUAUUCUGGCUCAAAAACGGCCUACCUCCCAAAGAUGAUGUCUCUCCACGAACAAUGUAUCCGAGUCCUCAGCAAUAACAUUGACUCAAUCUAUGAAGUGGGGGGUGUUCCUUUCUCGGUAUUGGAGCCCGUCUUGGAACGAUGCACCCCGGAGCAGCUGUACCGCAUCGAGGAGUGCAAUCAUGUUUUGAUUGAGGACACGGAUCAGCUGUGGCACAAUCACUGCCUUCGCGAUUUCAAGAAGGAGAAGCCCGAGGAGUUUGAAUCGUGGAGGGAGAUGUACCUGCGCCUGCAUGAUGCCCGGGAGCAGCGGCUGCUGAUGCUGACCCAGAACAUCCGCUCGGCUCAUGCCAACAAGCCCAGAGGCCGAGUAGCCAAGAUGGCUUUCGUCAAUUCGGCAGCAAAGCCCCCGCGGGACGUGCGGAGACGACAGGAGAAAUUUGGAACUGGAGGCGCUGCGGUCCCGGAGAAGAUCAAGAUAAAACCAGUGCUCUUCACACCAGCCAAAAGCAGCAGCAUUCACACAGAAGAGGAACAGUCCUACGACGGGCCCAGUACUAGCAGCGGCCACUCGGGACCAUCCUUGGGCAGUUCUUCCUCUCUCAGCUAUGACCCUCGGAAGCCCCCUGUGAAGAAAAUUGCACCCAUGAUGGCGAAGACUAUUAAAGCAUUUAAAAACCGAUUCUCUCGGAGAUAAAGCCGCCCAGGAGCAAGCAAGAAGGGGGUUCUUCUAUUUGACGGAAGUAGUGCUUAUGGGAAACAGGGAGGGAGGAGGGGGGGCCCACGAAUCCCCUCCCCCACCAUGUCAAACCAACAGCACAGUAUUGUUCAAGAUGACCCUCCCGCCCCCUCCCGCCGCCCCCUGACCUGGACUGUUUUCCCCAGGGUUUUUAAAAUGUGAAGUCUCGACGCUUGCUGAAAGAAGACGGUCCAGAGACUGUUGCUCACUCUCCAGACUCUCUCUAAACUCUGGAAUGGAAAGGAAUCUGUCCUCUCUCUACCUGCAGUGUUUUUUCUACAGCCCCAUAUGAGGAUCCAGGCCUUUCUGGUGUCCAGCAUGGAAGAGUCUCUACUUGGAGUUACUGUUCCAAAGAAAGGCCUGGCUGCUUCUUCUUUUCAAACUCCCAUCUGGAAUCCAGGAAUCCCGGUUCAUGCCAGGGCUUUGCCAGCCCUCUGUUGGGUCAUGCCUGGAUUAUACCCCUCUCUUAUACCCCUAAAUUAAGUUCCCAGAUUUCCAACAUUCCUCUUAUUGCUGAAACCCUUAUACAGAUCUGACUUGAUUUGGCCUUCCUGUACAUGGGCUUCUGUGGAUUUCUUCCUUCUGUUCACUUGGGGAGGAAGAAAUGAACCCCUCCUUUCUCCUUAUUAAACUCAUAGGAAAAACAGCACAGAAAAUUGAGCGGAGGGCAUUUGGGAGGAGGGGGGGAGUCACUUUGCACAAAUCUAAAUUUUAAGCACUCGGUUGAGUUUUAAAUUGAGCUCUGCUUCUAGAAGCCAACUUAUUUUAAAAUGAAUAGUGAAGGAGUGAUGUAAAGAAUUGGGUCUCCCCCCCCCCCAACAGACUGACCUCGGCUGUCUUUAUUUUAUUUUUUCUUCCCUCCCCACUCAGCUUUUAUUUGUUCUGAGUGAGUGUGUGUGUGUGUGUGUUUUAAAGCAGGCACUUUAAUUCCACCAGUUCCCUGCAAAGAACUUCAGGGGAGUCACAGAAUAGUUUUUCAGUCUUUCUUCAUGUUCACAUCAAGCCACUUGAUGGGAAGAUGGUGAGAUUCCUGUUGCCCUGGAAUCCAUCAAAGGCUCUUUUCGGCACCUGAUUUGGAGAAAGCGCUGGGCAAAUGAUAUGGACGUUUUGCCUGUCUGAGAGCACCCUUCUCUGCAAUUGAGUUUGGAGCAGCAUUUCCCUGCAAGAGAGGCCAGCAGGAAAAAUGCAGCAAGUUGCCUCAAUCUGGUCUGCCAGAAGGGAGUCUUGCUGUUCUGCCUCUGCAGGGGUUAAAUCACGAAUCCUUGCUGGUGAUGGGUGUGGAAAAGGACAGAAUCACUUCUGGGAGACUCAAGGCGAAAUGGACUUUGCCUAGGAGGGAUUAUGGUGGGGUCUGGCCCUUUCCUGAUACAGGGGAACAACUGAAAUUCUCCCGACGGUUUUCUCAACCCAGCCUUGUAAAUCCUGAUCGUGCAAGAAUGUUUCACAGCUACCCUGGGACACAAUUGAUGGUAACGGUAGCCACAGCUGAAAAAGACCCUGCUAACGUGUAAAACUGGUGAUUCUCAACAUCUGGGGUUGGAUGGGACCUUUUUUUGCUGUUAAGCGUGUGCCAUGCAGGGUGUGCAGAACCCCCUUGAUGUCUUCGGUCUGAUCGAAUAAACAAUGUUCUUGGAGUUCCAACAAAAUUUUCAUUAUGAUGGUAUUUUAAACUGGGGCUUUCUCUCUCUCUCUCUCUCUCUCUCUCUCUCUCUCUCUCUCUCUCUCACUGUUCGGAAGCUAUUUCAAGUGCCCUGAAGCUUUAAUGGCAUUGUGUAGCAUUUCAAGAUGUGUUGUGCUAUUUGGGGAGCGGGGGAAUCAUGCUCCUUUUGCUUUUGAUGUAUUUAAUUUUGCUGUAUGGAUUUAGUUAAUUACAUAGAUAAUCUUCUGCCAACUGUUGUACUUUAGUGUGUGCUCUCCUUUUAUAAUGGGUGGGAGGAGGGGAAUGUUAAGACUCUUCAAACUAUGUCUCAGCCAUUGAAGAAAGAGUGUUGGGUUCUCUGGAGUGCUAAAUUUGGAAGCCUAGCGUAUAACCCCGGAAAAUGCCCUUCCCACCUGGCACUGUGAUGCCUUUGUUUUGUAUCAGUUUUGGUGUAGGCCAGUGAUUCUCAAACUUGUAGCUCAACAGAUGUUGAGCUACAACUCCCAUCAUCCCCCAGCCACAAUGGCUGGGGAUGAUGGGAGUUGUAGUCCAACAUCUGGGGACCCAGGUUUAAGAAAUUCUAUUGUUGAAGACGACUCUGUAGUGCUACCAUUUUACGAUGCAGUGACUGGGAAAGAUCUCAAGCAUAUUUGAUUGAGCAAGGAGAAUUAGGCACCUCGGUGGACUUUGUUCCACUAGAUAUUUUAGUUGCCCCUUAAUUUGAGAGAGGAGGUUUUUGCCAGGUGAUUGAGAUCAAUGCCUGGGUGUUUCUCACCAGACUGUUGACACUGUUACUGGCUAUGCUCUUGGUUAUAUUCUCCCAUUAAAAUUGGGUUGUCUUUAUCUGAGAAUUUGGCCACCUGUCAGUAUUUUGGACUAGUUUGGUGGCUUUCUCCGAUUAAAAAAGUUUUGUGCAACAAUUGUGACUUCUAACUCGAUCAUAUUGGAACACAUUUUCUUGCUGCGGGGGGGACGGGGAAGCAUAUCCUCUCUGUGAGGGCUUCACAUUGUAUAUCCCUCUCUGGCUUGGAAGAUGACUUUUUCUUUUUAAGCCAGAUGUUAAAUUGGUUGGCUUGAAGUAAAAUUUUGAACCUUCUUUUUAAUGGAGAGCUGGCACGCAAAUGGAAUCUGUUUCAGAGUAAAACUACUCCGCUUCCUAUCCCCUUUGGGUGUCCAACACAUCUUAAGAUGGGUGCAAUCUUCAGUGCUACACUACAGGCAAAGGAACCAAACUGAAGCACCCUUUUUGCUUACCACAAGGGAAAGGUAAUGCUGAAUUGCAUUUGUAUUUUGGUCCCCAAUUGUAAAUAACAAUUUUCUAUGUUACUUUUUUGUGGUAACUGGAGAUGAAUAUUUUAACUAGAUAAGUAAUCCAAAUGGACGGAAAUCGUGUCUCAAUAAAAGCCAAACACUGGA